CACUCGUUUUUUGGGAUAGUGUAUUUGAAAAACAUGAUCGUUGAGUUCACUUUCGCUCGAACCCGGAAGUGGCCUAGCUAGAUUGUCAGUUAGCAGCUCGAUGCUAUCGGGACUUUCCGCAGCCUGACUCAUAGACGUAACCCGCGGUGCUGAAGGAGGGGGGAGAGGUUUGAAAUAUAAUUUUUUUAAUACAUAUAUAUCUAUAUAUAUAGAUAUAUAGCUAUAUCUAUAUAUGUAGAUAUAUAGUUUUUUUUUUCUUUGAUCAUCGGAACCAUUUUGUUUAAUUGAGGAUGGAAAGACGCACUGCACCGGCUUUUGGCUCAUCAGUUAAAUUUUUACUGUCUGCUCUUUCUGAGUGAGCCAUUUCAAACAUCUUCCUCUCACGAGGGGCACCUCCAACGGCCUACUUGUCUUGUUCAUCCCAAAAACCAUGGACACUCUGGUUCAACUGAAGAACAAUCAAUUUUUGAUGAGCCUCUGUCGCAGCGGACCCCCGCCUGACCUGCAGUAUGACAACUCCUCAGAACUCUUCCGCAUCUCCACCUUCGCCCGCUUCCCGGCGUCGGCCGUCAGUGAGCGCAGCCUUGCGCGCGCCGGCUGGUUCUACACGGGCGUGGGGGACCGCGUGCAGUGCUUCCGCUGCAACGUGACGGCCGAGGGCUGGCUGGCGGGCGAUUGUCCCGCCGAGAAGCACCGGCAGCUGUCGCCGUCCUGCCCCUUUGUGCAGAGUCUGCCGUCCGCCGCCAACCUGCUCUCCUCCUCGCACUCGGCCUUCUCGCCUCUCCGUGUCGCCACCAUCGUACCGCUUCCUGGUCCAGCUGCACCGAACCCAGCGGCAGGUCCAGGCGAGGAGCCGGCGGGAUACCUGAACAUGGGCUUCUCGGGGCCGCCGCCGCCUUCUAGCCCGCUGAGCUCCCGCGGCGUGGAGGACAUGUCGCACCAGCGGCCCGCCUGCCACAACCCGGCCAUGCGGCGUGAGCAGGAUCGCCUGGACUCGUUCCACACAUGGACGCUGUCCACCAUCACGCCGGCUGAGCUGGCCAAGGCCGGCUUCUACUUCCUCGGGCUAGGCGACCACGUGGCCUGUUUCAGCUGUGGCGGGCAGCUGAGCAACUGGGAGCCGGGCGAUCGCGCCUCGUCGGAGCACCAGCGCCACUACCCCAACUGCCGCUUUGUGCGAGGCGACCGCACUGACAACGUGUCACUGGCAGGGCCGGCGCCGCCCUUGUCGUCGUCAUCCUCGCAGUUGUCGUCCGCCGCCCUCAACAACGUGUCCAACCCGUCCAUGCGGCAGAGUGACGAGCGGCUGCUCACCUUUGUCAACUGGCCCACGCGCAUCCCCGUCAGGCCCGAACAGCUGGCCAAAGCCGGAUUCUACUAUGUCGGUCGCAACGAUGACGUGAAGUGCUUCUGCUGUGAUGGAGGUUUGCGCUGCUGGGAGUCAGGAGACGAUCCCUGGGUGGAACACGCAAAAUGGUUUCCACGGUGUGAAUAUUUGCUGCAGGAGAAAGGUCAAGAAUUUGUGCAUCAGAUUCAGGCGCGCUUCCCUCGACUUUUUGAGCAGCUUCUGACAAACGGAGACAGCAGCAGAGAGUUUGUGGAUCCACCAGUUGUGCAUCUGGGCCCGGGCGACGAGCGUUGCGAGGACGCGGUGAUGAUGAACACGCCGGUCAUCAAGUCGGCCCUGGAAAUGGGCUUCGAGCGUAGCCUGGUCAAGCAGACGGUGCAGAGCAAGAUCCUCAGCAGCGGUGAGAACUACCGCACCGUCCAAGAACUGGUCUCGGACCUGCUCAGCGCCGAGGAUCAGAAGAGGGAGGAGGAGCGAGAGAUGAUGGCCGAGGCUAUGGCGUCGGACGGUUUCACGUUUGUCAAGCGACACCAGGCGGCUCUGGUGCAGCGGCUCAAGAGCGUGGAGCCUGUCUCGGAACAUCUCAGAGAGCAAAAUGUGCUAAGCGCCGAGGAAUACAGCGGGCUUCAGGCGCAGACGUCGCCGCAGCAGCAGACGGCUCGUCUCAUCGAGCUGGUCCUCACGAAAGGCAACGCGGCCGCAGAGGUUUUUCGCAACUGGAUCCAAAAGAACGACGUGCAUCUGCUAAGAGAGCUCAUGGCUCAGUCCAACGAAGCAGCAUCUCCUAGCCAAGACCUGUCGGGUCUUCCCAUGGAGGAGCAACUGCGGCGUCUCCAGGAGGAGCGAACGUGCAAAGUGUGCAUGGACAAGGAGGUCAACAUCGUCUUCAUCCCGUGCGGACACCUGGUGGUGUGCAAGGACUGCGCCCCGUCCCUACGCAAGUGUCCCAUCUGUCGAGGCUUGGUCAAAGGCACGGUGCGCACCUUUCUCUCAUAAAACCGCCGUGGUCUUGAGUUAUGUCAUUGAUGAAUGUAACACACAGCUUGCUAGUUGCUACAAAAGCUCCUCACACACCACAUCUAUAAAUAUGAUAAUCACUACUCAUGCCUUGUGUUGAAAGUGACUGUCUUUAAGAAUCACUCGGCUUAAGCAAAUUAACGCAUUCAUGGUUUCAGUUUAGACCAGGCAUGUCCAAAGUCUAGCCUGACAACUUUGCAUUACUUAUAUAUCCUGUUUAAAAUGUUCAUGAGGCAAAAAUUAUUUGAUAUUCAUAUAAAUUAAAGGUAUUUCAUAGUUUGUUCAAUGUUAUCUGACUCUUCAGAUAUGAAUGAAAGGCAGAAUUUGCGUUUUUAGGGUUGUUCACGUCUGCCUGAGUGGCUUGUAUUUGGUUAUUUUGUCAUAAAGACAUUUGUGACAAUGAAAAUGGUUUUAUAACAGUGUGUAUUUGCACAACAUUUUUGUAGUUAAAAAAUGUCCGAAAAAACGAUUGGCCCCCGGGUCCCUUCACUUUAUCAAUUCUGGCCCUUGUUGCAAAAGGUUUCGACACCCCUGGCUUAAGACAGUCACUUUCAGACACUUUGAGUAAGCCUCGACACCAGCGCAACUAACUGCUUUCAAGCAACAAAACUUAAUCCAAAAUCACCCAGGUGAAAGGUUAAAUGAAAUAGAAGGGUUGUCUGAGAAUGAGAAUAGAUGGAAACUGAUUUCUAUCAACAAAAUAAACAAUGAUUUUGAA